AUGGCGCAACAACCCUCUGACACCGACAACUCUCUCUGGAAUGGGGUAUUCGUGACCCCAUCGACCUCGGAACUGCCCUCUGCAGCAAGCAGCACUUCGAAUACAGAUGAGAAGAUGGACCCUGUUGUAGCUGUCCUUCAAAACGUGGACCUUUUGACCAUCGUCUUCAACCAUAUGCCAGUAGAUCGAAGUGCUUCUGACCAAGAUGUCCUUCAAGCGAGGAAGGAUUUGCUCGCCGCAGUGCUCGUCUGCCAAACGUUUACAGAGCCUGCGUUAGACGCCUUGUGGCGCGUUCUGCCCUCAUUGACGCCUCUUCUCAAGCUGUUGCCGUCGUUUGGCCAACAGGAUGGGACCUAUGUGAUCGAAGAUAUCCGCGAAGACGAUUGGAGCAGAUACAAUGUUCAUGCGCGUCGUGUUCGCGUGCUCGACCUCAGGCCCUCCCAGAUCCCAAUCUCGCGUUUCGCAUAUCCAAUCAUCGUGCAAGAGCGUCAAGGGCCCCUUCUCCCUUGCCUCCGCGAGCUCCGAAUUCCAGACAACGCCUCCAUCGAUCUGACACUUGCAAUGAUCCUCUCCACCCCUGAACUUCGAGUGGUCGAGUUGCACAAUAGCGCCAUCAGGGACACGCAAUUCUUCUAUCCGUUCCUUGCGUCUAUCGGAAGGAAGCACACGAACCUGCGGAGCUUGAUCCUCGAAGGCGAUCGCAUCGUCAACCUCAAGCCCGUACUGACGCUUGCGCACUUACGAAAGCUCGAGCUGCGGCUCGCCAACGUCCACCUUUCUCCGACAUUUAUGGAGGAGCUUGGAAGCAUGACAGCUCUCCGUGACCUCGCGAUCCAUGCCGGCGUCGCCGUCCCAAACGUCGUCCCGCAACCCAUCCGACGAGAAUGCCACACCCGAGUAGAAGAUCUGGACAUCGACCCCGCCUACAGCAAGUUUAGGCAAUUGGAGCGCCUCCAUGUCCUCGGAAGUCUUCCCUGCAUUACGCACAUCGUGAAAUAUAUGCGCCUCGCUUCGUUGAAGUCGUUCGUUCUUACGGAAAUACAAGACUCGUCUGGCGUCUCGUCCCAACAGUUUUGGAUCAAGUGUUUUCGCCACCUGACGAGAUUUUCUUCCUUGAUCACGACCAUUAAAAUCAACUGUGCUGCCCAACAGCGAAGAGACGAGUCCCGAGCUCAUACUGUGUUGGAGCCUCUCCUUGAACUGAAGAUGUUGACAUCUUUGGAUGUCAACGGUCUCUUGUUCAAUGUCAUGACGGAGCUCGACAUAAGCAACAUCGCCUGCGCAUUCCCACACCUGAAGAACUUGGUGCUACCUAGUGGGUCGUAUAGAUCAGCUCCUCCGCUUCAAUCGUUGUGUUACUUUGCGCUGGAAUGCCCUCGCCUUGAAGAGGUCAGCCUGUUUCCCAGCUAUGAUCAAGACAUCGACAAGAUGCUGGAGGGCAUGGCCAAGGAAGCCGACCGGCUCACCCGCGACCAUGACCACCCGCUACGAAAGUUAUUCAUUGGCUCGUCGGCCCCACUUUCCAACACUCAAAGCGUCAAAUUUGCGCAUAUUCUUGACCGCCUCUUCCCGAACCUCGAGGUUCUCCAAAGAUACAUGAAUCAAACUAGCACCGAUUGGAGUCUCGUCCGCGACAUUCAGGCGACGAUUCAGAUGGUCAGAAGGAGCUGCUCUUGA